AUGGAACUGAAUUCCGAGAACGUCGCAAGGCUACUCUAUCCAGUGGCCGCAUUUGAGAGUCCGCCAACCAUCUCUGUUGACGCAUCUUACAAGGCUGGGAUUGCACAGCUAAAGCCUAAAAAUCUCACACACACCACAACUUGGGAAGCGUCCAUACUGAACCCGAAAAAUCGAAUCGACAGUCUAGCUUGGCCCUCGAAUGCGAAAUGGAGAGUCGACGGUUCGACAGGUAUGGGAACGCAGUUUUACACUGUGCCCAUCUUCCUCCGCCACCCGAUCCCAAUGAGAAUUGAUACUUUCAUCCCAGAGAGGAAGGAGAUUCCACCUACCUUGCAAGCAGUUCUUGACAUUGGUUCUGCAUUCUACACAAGAGACGUUAGGGUUGCGCAACUUGGAAUCGCACGGUACAUUGUCCGAGUGCUCGAUCGCUGGAGCGGGCAAAUCUCCGAUUUCGCAGCGUUCUACACCAAUCUUCCGUUUGGGUCGCGUAUUGUCUUUCACAAUAUUGAGGCCGAUAUACGGUCUGUCAGAAUCCAGAUUCUUCACACCCAUUUCUUGGAGAGACAGCUGCUAUCCGUUGGGUCCCUCCAAGCCAUGUGGAAACUACCAUCAGAUUCGUGGCCUGCGGUGACUGAUAUAUCGAAAGUUACGCUAGUACAGCAACUUCAUGACAGUGUCAGCCUCGUGAAAUAUGCUGGCCAAACUCGCAUCAUGAAGUCCCUGACCAGCUCUCCGAAGUACCUGUACCAUGAGCUUAGAGUCUUACUCACGAUGAGUCCCCACCCUAACAUCAUCUCGAAGCCUUCACAUCUGAUAGUCAAACAAUGCAACUUCGGCAGCAAGAUUGCUGUUGUUGGAUUCAUUCUGGACUAUCAUUCAGGGGGCACUUUACGGGACGUUUUGCCACUCCGCCGCACACUAGGCACCCACUCUCUCCGGCUACAAGACCAAGUAGUGUGGUCUACCCAGCUCACUGAGGCUUUGAUUCACAUUCGAGAUGAGGGAGUCAUGUAUUGCGAUCUACGGUUGGACAAUAUCGUGUUGGGAAGUAAGAGUGAUAGGAUUGUUAUGAUUGAUUUCGAGGGUCGCGGGGUAGGAACUUUUAUGAGCGCACCCGAGAUCACUUUUAUUGAGCACAUCCACUCGCUCGCCCGUGAAUCCGAAGAGAAUGUGGGACAGGUAGAGCUGAACCGCUACAAGCGGCUGCGUGACGGUUAUAUGAGGGGGUGUUCGAUGCCCACACCAACAGAGAUGUAUCGCAAUCCCAGGCACGGGUACUGUGUUUCCUGGCUUUGCCUUAGUGAGAAAGAGAGGGAAGCUGCACAGGUAUAUAUGCUAGGGAAAGUACUCUGGGGCAUAUUCGAAGGUGUUGGCUCGCCCGAGAAAGGUGUCAUGGUUGAGCAUCUAAGAGAGGACGCAUUGGAAUAUCCGGAAUGGAGAAAUGCACCCGAAAUUAUCAGAGAACUAGUCAAUGCUUGUUGUUCCUGUGGGAGGCGUUAUGAAAAGUUUCCGCUGGUGAGAAAAGGGCAAUUGCUUUGUAUGAGGAACACGGAUGCGACUGAAACGGCGGAACAAGUGCGCGCUGCUGCAAUCGGAUGGUGGAAAGCUGAGGUGCAUGAAGCCGAGGAGUUCCUUAAGCAAAGAACCGCGGACGCUUCAAGAGUGGAGCAUGUAUUCAGCGCUCGACCUAGGCUCGAGGACGUGCUGUUCGUACUCAGGUCUUUCAACAAAUCUAUCGGGGUUUGAUGUAUUGCGUCUGGUUUCUCUUCAUGCUAGCGCUAAUGCUUCUGGUUGGACUGUCCUUUUUUGGAGUUUGGAAUUUUUGUUAAAACAUUAUCUGACAGAUGUUUGAUAAAGACCAGAAACUUUCCACUCUUCAUGCGUCGCGUGUGAUGCACUAGUAAGGUAGGGCAACCACUUCACUCCAAACUCCAGCACGGGGCGUUCUCUGAAACUCAUUACCUCAAAUGACACAUGAUGUAGGUCGCAGGAUCAUUUCUAAUCCCCUACCGCUACACAUCAACAAGAUCUCGGCUGCAUGAGACUAUCUUCAUCCACUUGUGCAUCUGUGGACCACGUGUCGGAAGGUAUAGGUGCAGGUUGAGAUUUAAACGGAAGAUCGAAAUUCCCUACAGCAUUUAUAGAAGGGCUUUGUAAGAGUGAACGACGAUAGGGUU